UCACUCAAUUUAUAACAUUGUAACUUUCCUAGAGUCCAUUUUCUUCAGUCCAAGUCAUGGACUCAAAGAUUUCUUGCUUUCUCUUCUUUGCUCUUCUAAUCUCUCUCACCAAAGCUGUUGAUCCUUGUGCUUCCCAAAGCUAUGGCUCAGGUGACCUCUCCAUAAUUCCAACCUAUAGCAAAUGCUCUCCCUUAACUUCACCCAAGACCAACCCGUUCAACACAGUCCUGAACAUGGCCUCCAAAGACCCGGAGCGGUUCAAGUACUUGUCAACCCUAGUGGCCCAAAAGACCACUUCGGCUCCAAUUGCUUCGGGCCAACAGGUCCUAAACAUUCCCAGCUACAUAGUCCAGAUCAAGUUGGGCACCCCGGGCCAGCUCAUGUACAUGGUUCUUGACACAAGCAACGACAUUGCAUGGGUCCCAUGCUCGGGAUGCACCGGGUGCUCCUCCACCACAUUCUCGCCCAACACGUCCACAACUUACGGGCCAUUGGACUGUUCGGUGCCUGAAUGCGCCCAGGCCCGCGGGCUUUCGUGCCCGGCUGGGUCUCCCGUCAGGUGCUCAUUUAACCAAUCUUACGGUGGAGGCUCUUCAUUUUCUGCCUCGCUCGUGCAAGAUGUCUUGGGAUUAGGAAAAGAUGUCAUUCCGAAAUACUCUUUCGGGUGCAUCAAUUCCAUCUCUGGCGGGAACAUCCCGCCACAGGGGCUAUUGGGCUUGGGCCGUGGAUCCAUGUCGUUGCUCUCGCAAUCCGGAUCGCUUUACUCGGGAGUGUUCUCAUAUUGUUUACCCAGUUUCAAAUCUUACUACUUUUCCGGGUCCCUCAAGCUGGGCCCUGUCGGCCAGCCCAAGUCCAUCAGAACCACCCCACUUCUCAAAAACCCUCGCCGGCCAUCCUUGUAUUACGUCAACCUCACCGGAAUCAGCGUCGGCAAGGUCCUCGUGCCCAUUGUCCCACAAUUCCUAGCCUUUGACCCGACCACCGGCGCCGGAACCAUCAUAGACUCCGGCACAACAAUCACCCGAUUCGUGCCACCCGUCUACAACGCAAUCCGAGACGAGUUCAGAAAACAAGUGAACACCACAUUUUCGAGUUUGGGGGCAUUCGACACUUGCUUCAACACCAACAACGAAGGCGUAGCGCCGGCCAUUACGUUUCGUUUCACAGGCUUGGUGUUGACGUUGCCACUGGAGAACAGCUUGAUUCACAGUAGCUCGGGGACGCUGGCUUGCUUGGCAAUGGCAGCGGCGCCCAAUAAUGUCAACUCGGUGCUGAAUGUGAUAGCCAACUUGCAGCAGCAGAACCUUAGGAUUCUGUUUGAUGUUGCCAACUCUCGGUUGGGCAUUGCCCGUGAGCUUUGUAAUUAAGUAGUGGAAAAUUGUAGCAAGGAUUUUGGGUUGUCUUUCACUUUUUGUGUUUGAAUUGUCACCAUGCAAAGUUUGGUGAGUGGUGACAAAUAAAAGGGCAGGAUGAAGCCCUGCUCGUGAUGUGUUCAAUUUGGAGUUCCAAGCUGUUAAUUACUAUAUGGUAAUUAUUUGGGGGUGAGUAAUUGGAGCUUUUGAUUGCGA